AGCUAAGUCACAUCUUUUAACACAAAAGUGUCCCAAAAGCAACACAAAAAAAAUGGCUAAAACCUCUCUUCCUCUCGCCGCCUCCUUCCUCCUCCUCCUCAUCUCCUCCGCCGCCGCCGCAGACACCGGCCGUCUCUUCCUCACCGUCGUAAACCACUGUCCCUUCACCGUCUGGCCAGCCAUUCAGCCCAACGCUGGCCACCCCGUCCUCGAGAAAGGUGGCUUCGCUCUCCCAACCAACACACACCGCUCCUUCUCCGCUCCAGCCACCCACUGGUCCGGUCGCAUCUGGGGCCGAACCGGCUGCUCCCACUACAACGGCAAAUUCUCCUGCGUCACCGGAGACUGUGGCCACCGUCUCGAAUGCAACGGUCUCGGCGGAGCAACUCCGGCUUCCUUGGCUCAGUUCGAUCUCCACCACGGUGCUCACCUAGACUUAUCCUCUUACGGCGUCUCUCUCGUCGACGGUUUCAACGUUCCGAUGACUGUGACUCCUCACGAAGGCCGUGGUGUCUGUCCCGUCGUUGGCUGCCGUGAAGAUCUUUUGAAAACGUGUCCGGCUCAUCUUCAGCUCCGGUCAGGACAUGGUGGACACGUGGUGGCUUGUAAAAGUGGGUGUGAGGCUUUCCGUACGGAUGAGCUGUGUUGUCGAAACCAUUACAAUAGUCCUCAGACUUGUCGAGCUUCGAGCCAUUCUCUGUUCUUUAAGCACGCGUGUCCUUCGACUAUGACAUUUGCUCAUGAUAGUCCUUCGCUUAUGCAUGACUGUUCUUCUCCUAGAGAGCUCAAAGUUAUCUUCUGCCACUAAAAAUGUCUAGGGUUGUAAUCGUAAUUUCGUACCGAUCUCUCCUUCUUCUCCUUCUGUUUGGUUUAGUUUGGUUUUGAUUGGUUUAGUUUGCUAUUUCCCGGUUCAGUUAUGUAGUUGAUCAAAUUAUGAAAUUAUGUAUUAUCA